AUUGAUAAAAUAUUCCACAUGCGAUUUCAGUUGUGUGUGUGUAGCUUUCAACAGAAGCGCUACCCGAUAUUAAUUAUGCACCAGCACUGCCUAUCCUCUGUGACUCUCAGUUAUAUACGAGCUGCGCCAGCAUCACCCAGACACAGUAAAUUGGUAUGAUUGAUGCAGGUCAGAAUCGCCAUUGCAAAAGUAAGAUCGCUGGAUUCUCUGUAGGGUGUCUGGGAUUAUAAUCGCAUCGGCAGCUGCACAAAUAAAAGAAGAAAAAGAAGAAGAAAACGCGAGCCGUUCAGAAAUCCGCUCUUAAAGCGAAUGUUUAAGGACGCAUCAUCCACACACUGACCGUCGGCAUCAUGCAAGGCGGACGCGGCUUCAUGGUGGUUGUAUGUAUGUUGUUCCGGCUGAAGAUUGCAGGCUGCUUUUCUGGAGACCAGGAGGACUUCUUGACAAUACACCAGCGAAGGUCUGAAAGGCCCCUUGUCUUCUAUCCGCCCGCAGAGGAGGGGAUUGAGAAGAGUGUGGAGCUGGAUGGUCUCGGCGUGCAGAGAAACCUUUUCCAUUCCCUUUCACGUGCCAGGAUCAGCAAAUUGCACCCCACAAUGAUCGUAAAAUCCACCUUUCUGCAAGCAUCCCAUGACCAGAGCAUCAGUCUGCUCGCCAGAAUUGAUCAAGACCUGGAGAUUGAAAACGAACCAGUGUCUGAUGAACACUUGAUCAUUGUGACGCUGCAAACGGACAUACGCAAACUGAACAAUACUCUGCUGCAGACUUUCCGGAGAGGGGUGGCUGCAGCCUUGGACAUCUCUCCUCAGCAAGUGCAUAUCAACCGUCUUAACGAAAAGAAGAACUGUAUAGAGCUGACGGUGUCUCCUCCGCCUGACAAACUGGGCACCAUGGAGAGACUGUCCUCUGAGGAAGUGGUACGUUCUCUCAACGUGAACAUCCUCCACAAGAGCCUGUCUCAGUUUGGCAUUACGGAGAUCACCCCAGAGAAAAAUGUGCUGCAAGGACAACAUGACAGAGAUAAAGUGUGGACCAAAGAGGGAUUUUAUGCUGUGGCUAUUUUUCUCACUAUCUUUGUAAUUAUUAUCACAUGUUUAAUGGUCCUGUACCGGCUGAAGGAGAAAACUGAGUUCCCUGAUCAGCGGUACAAGGAGCAGAGCCGGGAGAUCCACCUGGCCCCCAUCCCCCUGCCCACGAAGAACCCCGAGGUGCAGAUCUUCAACAGCAUGGUGCAGCCCGAGACGGUGCCCAGAUCUGAGAGCAUCAGUGCCAACCCCCAGAGCCAGCCUGCACCCGAGAUGAAACCCUGCCUGUCCUGCAGCCCCUCACCCUUCAGAAUUAAAUCUGCUGGUCUCCAGGAGAGGCGGGGCUCCAAUGUAUCUCUCAGCUUGGAUAUGAGUGUCUUGGGCAGCGUGGACCCCUUCAGCGCCGCGCCUGCCCCCCGGGAGAGGGUUGCCAUGGAGUACCUGCAGUCUGCACACCGGGCCCUGAGCAGACAGCAGCUCCGCGAGGCUACGCUCCACACCCAGCAGCUGCAUGCAGAGUUCACGGAAAUUCCAAUGAAUUUUGUGGAUCCCAAAGAACUGGACAUUCCCAGUCACGGAACCAAAAACCGAUACAAGACCAUUUUGCCAAACCCACAUUCCAGAGUGUGUCUGAAGACCAAGAGCAUAUAUGAUCCACUCAGCUCUUACAUCAAUGCUAACUACGUCAGGGGCUACAUGGGAGAAGAGAAGACCUACAUUGCGACUCAGGGCCCCAUGAUUAACACGGUGAAUGAUUUCUGGCAGAUGGUCUGGCAAGAGGACUCUCCGGUCAUCGUCAUGAUCACAAAGCUGAAAGAGAAGAACGAGAAAUGCGUACUCUACUGGCCAGAAAGAAGAGGCAUAUAUGGGAAGGUGGAGGUCCUUAUAAACAGCGUCCGUGAAUGUGAUCACUACACCAUUCGUAGCCUGACCUUAAAGCAGGGAGGCCAGUGUUGCAGUGUGAAACACUACUGGUACACGUCCUGGCCCGACCACAAGACCCCCGACAGUGCUCAGCCCCUCCUGCAGCUCAUCACAGAGGUGGAGGAGGAGAGGAAAGCAUCAGCCGGCAGGGGUCCUGUCAUUGUGCAUUGCAGUGCUGGGAUAGGAAGGACUGGCUGCUUUAUUGCCACAACGACCGGCUGUCGUCAGCUGAAGCAGGAAGGGGUGGUGGACGUGCUUUCCAUCACCUGCCAGCUCCGGGUAGACAGGGGAGGCAUGGUCCAGACAGGCGAGCAGUACGAGUUUAUCCACCACACCCUGAGUCUCUACGAAAGCAGACUCUCAGCCGAUGCUGACCAGUGAGAAGGCAGGGAGUGGUUUUCCUGGCAUGUGGUUUAAUGGAAGAACAAUCUGCAGGUAAUCGUAUUACUUGCUGGCAGAGACUCAACCAAGGAGCACUAGGCUGCAGGGCAAACCCUCUACGGUGAGCACGUGUGCAGCUAUUGAAGGGUAGACAAGCCCAGAGGAAGUGUAACACUAUCUGUAAAUGAAUGUAGUGUCUUUAUCACAUAAGCUGCUGAACUUGCUUAUAAGAAUCUUGUAUAUUCCUGUUUAUAUUUUGUUGCAGAAAUUCAAACCAGAACGUGUUCCAAUCGCCAAGCCUCUACCAGUAAAAUGUAAAAUUAUAUCACGUGUAAAAUACUACCGCCUUUCUAAUGUACAUGGAACUAAAACCUAAAGGUGUUUUUAAAACCGUUUCUUGUUU